AUUCAUUCCAUUAAUGUUAAUUUAUUUUAUUUUUUCGUAGAAAUGAAUAUAUUUACCAGAUGUGUAUUUUUGUAUUCAUUUAUUAUAGUAUUUGUAUUUUGCACAAAUGAUAAUAACCAGGGGGGGAAGGACAAACCAGGGAAGGGUGGCUUCGACUUUAGCCAACUGGGGGACAUUUUGAAUUCCCUAAACGGGAAGGGAGGUAAGGAUGGGAACGCAAAUAAUAAUAACGGUCAGUUUGACAUGUUAAAUAAUCUUCUAAACCAGAAGGGCUCAUCAGGAGGGGGCUUGGAAAAUCUUAUGAACCUAUUUAAUACCGCCACGAAUAAGGGUGGUGGAAAUGUAAAUUUGAAUAAUUUAGAUAUGGGUAAAAUGAUGGACAUGCUGAAGCAGUUUGGUGGAGCCGCCAACAGUGGUGCGAAGGGAGGUGACAAGGGCACUGCCGCAGAUGGACAGAAAGCUAACCCUAUGGAAUCUAUUGGAAAUUUGCUAAACAUGAUGAAUGCAGGUGGAAACAAGGGAGGAAAUCCAAUGGAGCACUUAACCAGUUUGUUCGGCAACCUGGGCGCAAACAAAGGAGCUGACGGGAAGGGUGGUAACCCAUUAGAACACUUAACCAGUAUGUUGGGUAAUCUAGGAGGGAAUAAAGGUGCUGAUGGAAAGGGAGGAAAUCCAAUGGAACACUUAACCAGUUUGCUGGGCAACCUCGGUGCGAACAAGGGUGCCGAUGGGAAAGGAGGCAACCCAUUAGAACACUUAACCAGCAUGUUGGGUAAUCUAGGAGGGAACAAGGGAGCUGAUGGAAAAGGAGGCAACCCUCUAGAGCACUUAACGAGUAUGUUGGGUAACCUCGGCAAUAAAGGCGCAGAUGGAAAGGGAGGCAAUCCAAUGGAACACCUAACCAGUUUACUGGGCAACCUCGGCAAUAAAGGAGCUGAUGGAAAGGGUGGUAACCCAUUAGAGCACUUAACCAGUUUACUGGGAAAUCUAGGCGCAAACAACGGUGCCGAUGGAAAGGGAGGUGGGAACAACAAACUGAUGAGCGACAUCCAGUCCCUGUUGGGCAACUUCCUGAACGCACAGAAUAACCAUAACGCACCUUUCGCAUUAGACAAAAGUGUAAUGGAUGGAUCUACAAAUAAGGAAUCCAUCAAGUUAGAAUAUAACCAAAGUGAAAGGGACUUGCUGAGGGAACUGCAAAAUUUAAUAAACAAAAGUAAGGGGAUGAAUAUCACUGGAGGUAGUAAAGAGUUAGAAGAGAAGAAUUCUAAGCUGAAGAAUUUCUUCAAUUCGCUGAAGGGAAGGUACAAUCCGUAUUCGUAUGAAAGGAAAAUCUUAGAUGACAUAACCAGUGAGGAGGACAUAAAGGAUAAGUACAACAUUGAUGACGAGUUUGAAAAACACAUUUACGUCAGUGCAAAUGAUACCAGUGUUAAUUACGAAGAAAUGAGUGAUGAGGAAAAGGAGAAGAAGACAGAGAUGUUUGCUGACGUGAACCAAUUGGAUGAUAACGAUUCUGUUGAAAGUGGAUCUAUUAAUAGCCACAUUUUGAGGAAGAACAAAUUAGAAAAUGAGAAACUUCUGCGUGGGUUAAUCGCAGGGGAGAGUGACAAUUUGCGCGAAUGUAACUGCUCGUCCAGUAAGGAAAAGAAUUGCGUAUUGUCCUACAUUAAUUAUAACAACUUGGAGUACAUGUUGGAUAGCUUAAACAUAGAUGUGAAGAAAAUGGUGAAGCAGUACAGGGUAUCUGCUUCUCGUAAGGAUGUUGCUUCUGAAUAUGCGAAGACGGAAUCAUUUCUCGUUCCGCUACCCCCCUUGGAUGCGAAAGUAGAUGUGAGGGACACGUCCAAGUAUGUAUUGAGAGUGCCCCGUGUUCUCUUCCUGUCGACGAAGAAGGCCUUCUCCACGUCAAUGGAUAGGUACUUUUUCAAUUUGUAUGACAUUAUGGAAAGCCAACUCAAAUGGAACACCUACAUGUGGGGCUACGGGUUCAAGUACUACCCUCUAUUCUUUACAAAGAACCUACACACACUGUUGCAUAAUUAUGACAAGCAGAUAGGAAAGGAGCCUUUUGACAUCAUCUUUGUCCACAGCAGCUUUGUCUCCAACUAUUACAAUCACUAUUUUUUUCUGAAGAGUAUGCCCAGAAUGACUACCCUGAUAUUUAUAAACGACGGAUGGGACAACAACGUGAAGAAUGCUUACUUGAAUUUAUUUCCUCACAUAUUUUUCCAAAACCAGGUGAACAUUUUUGAGUACAACCCGUUAAACAACAUAGACUCCGGGUCGGAGAAGAGGAAGCUCGUCAACAGUUUGUGGAACAAGGUCUCCAAUAAUGACUCCAAUGAGGUGAUAGCGAAUAAGCAUAAGAAGAAGGGGAAAAAGAGCAGCAACAGUAAAAAAGGGAAAGGAGGUAAUGGGGUAGGUGCAGAUGAUGAGGAGGAGGACCAAAUGGAGCAGCAAAGGAAGAAUGAGUUGAAUGCAGAUGGGGAAGAUUCCCAUCCGGAGGAUGAACACGACGAUGAUGAGAACAAAACGUUGUGGGCAUUCCUACCCCAUGGGGUGAAUCCCUGCUGUUUGGAUGAGUUUGAAAAUAUGUUCGACGUGAAGGAGAACGAUCCGACUGACAGCUCUAAGGAAGUGGUGGUCAGUCCUACCUAUUACCAUGACAUCGCCAAAAAGAUGAAGAAGAGGAAGAACAGCCCCAAAUUGGAGCUAUCCUACUCGCUACUGGAUUUGUUCCUCCCAGCAUGUACCUAUAAGAAUACCGUACCUACCUUCCUGAACAACACACAUAGAGAUAUUGACAUACUCUACCUAUGCAACACAACGUCUAGCAAUUACAAUGACUUCCUAAUACAGAAGGUGAUGGAUUAUAUUUAUAACAAAGACAUAAGUAGUUUGAAAAAUCGAAUUCAGAAAUAUGAGUUUGACCUGUACUACUGGAAAGUGUGGGGCAUGCAGACAACACAUAAGUUGAUAAAAAACAAACUAAAGGAGUACCAUCAGAUGUUGCGAAGAAGCAAAGUGUGUGUAAUUAGUUCCAAAUUUGCGGGUAUGCUAAACAGAAUGGUUAUUGAUGCUCUUUUUAACGGCUGCGUUGUCAUUACAGAUAAGAGCCACAACAAGGAUAUUAACAGGUACAUUGUGACGACGCGCAUACCUUAUGAGUAUUACGAAAUAGGGGACCUCAUUUACAACACGGAAAAUAUGCAUAACAUUUCUAAAGACAUGGUGGAAAAGAUUAACCUCACUUUAGAGGAGGUAAAUAGUGGCAAGAAGGACCUUCUCAAAUUGGAGGCAUUCAAAACGGUUAUGAAUACGUAUACCUACCAAGGGGUUAUCCUAAACUGGAUUCUACCCACGAUGUACUUCCACUAUAAUAAGGAGAAGUAUGAACUUGUGAAUGAUUACUUUGUUUUACCGCAAUAUUUUGAGGACGUCAUUUCGAAGAGUCUCAAAACGACCAGUGCCCAGAGGGAGAAAAUUAUUGCCAAUAUUGACCUGUCCCUCCAGGAGGACCUCAUAAUGAAUAACAAUGAAGUGGCCACGUGGUGUAUCAUCUGGGUGCUUAUCUUCGCUGUCAUCGUGUUUUACCUCCUUCGCAACAGCAAUCUGCUCAGCGCCCUGUUCAAGCAGCGCAAACUGCACCUCUGA